AAUUCUCUUACCACCUUAGUAAAAGGAGGAAAAAAAAAAACAGGAGAUCUCACAUCUGAGUGAGUGUAGCUUACACGCCUCCAAAAACGUCUUCACGUAGAUCACCAAUCGCCGAACCAGAACUAAGGAAGAAAGGAAAAGAAAAAGGAAGAGGACCGCGAAAUGUCGAGGUUUAAUGUGGCGCCGAGAGCGGUGAUGAUGGUGGUUUGUAUGUGGAAGGUGGCGAGCUGCAUGCGGUUCGACCUCGAAUCGGGCCACUCCAAAUGCAUAACAGAGGACAUCAAGAUGAACGCCAUGACUGUCGGCAAGUACUCCCUCAUCAAUCCUAACGAAGGCUAUCCAAUGCCUGACGAUUACAAGCUCACUGUCAAGGUGAACUCGCCUCAGGGACACAACUAUCAUCACUCGGACCAUGUCGAAUCGGGUAACUUUGCAUUCACAGCAGCUGAAUCAGGUGACUACUCGACGUGUUUCUAUGUGUCCGACCUCAGGCCCCCGAGGACGAUGGUGAUAGAUUUCGACUGGCGGACGGGCUUUGCCGCCAAGGACUGGUCUAGUGUUGCUAAGAAGGGUAACAUCGAAGCAAUGGAAGUCGAGUUGAAGAAGCUGCUGGACAAGAUCGCAUCCAUUCACGAGGAGAUGUUUUAUCUUCGCGAGAGGGAGGAAGAGAUGCAAAAGCUUAACCGGUCGACCAACUCCAAGAUGGGCACCUUCAGUUUCCUGUCACUCCUGAUUUGCUUGUCCGUGGCCGGUCUGCAAUUCUGGCAUCUUAAGUCAUUCUUCGAGAGGAAGAAGCUCCUUUAAGCCUCCAUUCUAAGACUCAACAACCCGUUAUUUGAAGCAGUGUCGCAUGCUUUUACAGUCCCCAUCAUCCCAUUUUGCAUCUGCUUGACGCAGAUUUGAGCGGGGCAAUUAAACUUUCAUUGAUCCCACAUCGGAUCGGACUAUGAUCAUGGAUCUACAAUGAUGUUCGUAGCCUUCAUAUUUGUACAUUGGUCAUUGGAUUAUAUUUGGAAGCUGUAAUAACCAAUUGAGCAUCUCUGUUUAUGCUAA